CCCGUGUGGUAGUUGUGUUGCCUGGAAGCGGUGGUGUUGUUUGGAAGCUGUGGUGCCUGCUGAGAGAGAGUGAGGUUCUUUGUGCAGGAAGCUUCCAUGUAGAGAUCUUUGUACAGUGGAAUCUGGCUGUGAGGCUUCCCUUCCCAUCAUGCCUUCAUUCUCCUUAUCAUCCAUCCAUAUGUGACUCCACAGCCCUCCACAUAGGUCUCUAUGCACAAUGAAAAUGAAAACAUCAGUGAAACUGUUGUCAUUCAAGGAUGUGUCCAUUAACUUCUCUCCAGAGGAGAGGGAAUACCUGAGUCCUGCUCAGUGUACUUUGUAUAGGGAUGUGAUGUUGGAGAACUACAGAAACCUGGUCUCCCUGGGUCUUGCUAUCUCGCAGCCAUACCUUAUCACAUUUCUGGAGGAGUGGGAAGAGCCUUGGAAUCUGAAGAGACAAGAGGCAGGAGCAGUAUAUCCAGCUGUGUCUUCUCAGUGCACAGAGCCAAGCAAAAAGCAUUCAUUACAAAAAGUAAUAAAAGGAAGACAUGGAAAGCACGGACUUAGCAAUUUAAAUUUAAGGAAAGCUUUGGACAAUGUGGUUGAAUGUACUAGUCAGAAAGUCUGUCACAAUAGACAUAACCAGUGUGUGAUAGCUGCCCACAACAAGAAAACGUCCAUUGCUGUCAGAGACCAAGAACAUCUGUCCUCUCAGAAAAUAACUAAUCAUUGUAAUGAAAUUCACAAAGAUUUUAAACAUGCCUUAAAUCCUAGUAAACAUCAUUAUACUCUUUUUCCAAAGAACUUUUACAAAUGCAUCAAAUGCGGGAAAGGCUUUCAUCAAUGUUCAAAACUUACUAUCUAUCAAAGCAUCCACAGUCAAGACAAACCUUAUACAUGUAAUGUAUGUGGACAAGCUUUUAUUGACAACUCAACCUUUUAUCAACUUCAGAGGGCUCCUCCAGGAGAUAGACCCCACAAAUGCAAAGAAUGUGGCAAAGACUUUAACAGCUGCUCAGCCCUUAUUCAACACCAGAGAAUUCAUACUGGAGAGAAACCUGGCAGGUGUAAAGAAUGUGGUAACACUUGUAACUAUUCAUACCUCUGUCAACAUCAGAGAAUUCAUACUGGUGAGAAGCCCUGCAAAUGCAAAGUAUGUGGCAAAGUUUUUAACUGUUCUUCCUACUUUAAUCAACAUCAAAAUAGUCCUACUGGAGAAAAACCCUAUAAUUGUAAAGAGUGUGGCAAAACAUUUAGUAAAAAGGCCUUCCUUAGUCAACAUCAGAGGAUUCAUAGUGUUGAGAAACCCUACAAAUGCAAAGAAUGUGGCAAGGCCUUUAACUGUUCUUCAUACCUCACUCAACACCACAGAAUUCACACUGGAGAGAAGCCCUAUAUAUGUAGAGAAUGUGGCAAAGCCUUCAGCUGUUCUUCUCACCUUAAUAAGCAUCAGAGAAUUCACACUGGAGAGAAGCCCUAUAUUUGUAACGAAUGUGGCAAAGCAUUCAAUCAAAGUUCAAUCCUUACUCAACAUCAGAAAAUUCAUACUGGUGAGAAACCCUACAAAUGCAAGGAAUGUGGCAAAUCCUUCAACCAUUCUUCAUACCGAAAUCAACACCAGCGAAUUCACACUGGAGAGAAACCCUAUCGAUGUAAAGAAUGUGGCAAAGCCUUUAACUGUUCUUCACACCUUAGUCAACAUCAACGAAUCCAUACUGGAGAGAAGCCAUACAAAUGUAAUGAAUGUGGCAAAGCUUUCAUCUGUUCCUCACACCUUAAUCAACAUCAGAGAAUUCACACUGGAGAGAAGCCGUACACAUGCAAAGAAUGUGACAAAGCCUUUAAUUGUUCCUCCCACCUUAACCAACACCGACGAAUUCACACUAGAGAGAAGCCCUACAAAUGCAAAGAAUGUGGCAAAGCCUUUAAAUGCUCUUCAUAUCUCAAUCAGCACCAGAGAAUUCACACUGGAGAGAAACCUAAAGGUAAAUAAGGUAAUAGAACAUUUACUCAAAGUUUAAUCCUUAACUUCACAGGAUUCAUACUGGUGAGAAAUAAGGACAAGUAAUUUGCAAAGCCUUUUAACUGUUCUUCAUACCAUAAUCAACAUCAGAUAAUCCAUACUAGGAAGAUUUCCUACAAAUACAAUGAUUGUGGCAAAAGCCUUAAUAAGCCUGGUUCAACACUAGAAAAUUCAAACUGGAGAAACACUGUUAUAGAUACAUAGAAUGUGACAUAACUUCUCACAUUUGCUUAGACCUUUCUUGUUCAACACCAAAGAAUUUGUAUUGGAGAGACCUUCAAAUGCCAAGAAUGUAGCAAAUCCUUUUCCCCUUUAAUAAAUCUCAUUCCUAUUCAACAUCAUAAAAUUCACACUGGAUGGAAACGUCAUUCAUGUGGUGGCUUAAAGGAACUUUGUCCAACGUAUAUGCACCUCCGAAGAAGAAAAUAGUCAUACAUACUGGGAAACACAUUCCAAGUAUAGAGUACGGCGAAGCCUUUGAUCAUAUCUUUAUGUAUGGAACUGGGGUUUAAACUUUGGGCCUUGCUCCUGCUACAUGGGUGCACUACUAGCAGUGCUUCAUGUUCCUUUUGCUCUUAUCAUUUUUCAUAUAAGGUCUCACAUUUACAUGUUGCCAGUUGGGAUCUCAGUCUGCCUAUUUCCACUUCCUACAUAGCUGGGACGAGAGAUGAGUGUUACCAUGUUGUAAGUUCUGCCCUGGGGAGGCAGGGCAGACUCCACCCUCCUCUUGGCUAAGUCUUCACCUAGUACUUGUGUCACCUAGGUAACUGGCACACCUGGAGGCAGUCACCCCCUCUCCCAAGGUCACAUCCCGGGCCACCCCCAUCACACCUCCUGUUGGACUGGGGAGGUCCCAGGCCUUGAGGUCACAUCUGCAUCCAGUGUGACCACACCUUCCCUCACCAGGUCACCCCCUUCUCCCUGCCCCUUCCUUACUUAAACUCAGGUGGAACAUUGGCCUGUUCCUUUGACCAUGUGCUUCUCCACCAUGCACAGCGGGGGGCAGCAGUUGAGUAAAGAAUAAAUUUCUCUUCCUGCCUAAA